AUGGAUGUCUUUCGUUCCGGUCUUAGUGGUGCCUUUAACGGCGGCGGCCUAGAACACCUGCUACAACAACAGCAGCAGCAGCAGCAACAAUUAACAAGCGCUACGACGACUGGCACGACUGUAGCCGGGACGGCGCCGUCCCGCAUGGUUGGCAGCGGGAAUGUGUCGGCACACACGACAGUGCACGUCACCACUUCAACGGAGGUGGACCCAUUUGACGAGAAACGCAUCGACGAAAUUCGUAGGACACUCCGCAUGUUGGAGGAUAUUGGACACGGGCGGCACAUCAUUAACUGGACGGAGUUGGUUGACCCAAGCCAGCCAGUGGAAUCCGCGAAGAAAAUCAGUGCUGCGUUGGCAAGGCCUACCACGGUUCCCGGUGCCAUCUCGAGCGUUGCAGAGUGCAUCACCACACCGGCUCACCUGUCGAUUGUAGCUCUCCUAGACCCGCCCUUUUUGGCAAAGGUGCGGGAUGCUGUAUUGCAGGACCUCCUCAACGCUCUGACGAUGGUGCAUGAGUCUAACCCCAUGCCAGUUUGCUCCGAGAUGUUGGUAGAGAUGGUAAAACUUAAUCUCGUAGUACUUCGUGGCGUGGCAUCGACGCUGGAGGCACUACUGAGUGAUCCCAAUAGUCGCCGAGCGGCCAUCGCAGCACUGGGAAAACUGGCGGAUCAGAAACGUGGAAAUGAGGUGUUUCUGGGGGCGAUGCAAAACCUGGAGCCCCUAGUGCGGAUGAUAGAUGAGCCGGAAUACGAGUACGACUGUCUCGCCAUUUCGCGCCUGUUAGGAUGGGGUGGUGCACACAGGGCAGCGUCGCUUGUGCCAGUGAAAAGAAUGGAUCACUCGUCCCCUGUGACUGCCAUGACAUAUUUUCGCCAGCGCGAUGAGCUUGUUUCCGCCACAUUUGACGGAACGGUGACUAUUUGGGGAACUCCACACCCGUCGACGGGGGAUGUAAAGGCAGCCGUGGCGCUGGAUCUCCCACAGUAUUGUGUGCCUGUAGCAAUGGACGGUCCUCCGCGAGGAAAUUACCUGCUCAUUGCUGGGAUGCCUUUUCCUGCUGUGAAUGUGCAGACCAUGGAACUUGAGAGAGGAAGCAUAAACUCUAAUGUUAUGAAUAACAGCUUCAACAGUAGCGGCAAGAAGCGAAGUUCAUUUGCGACAGUGUCCAGGGGACCCAUUGUGCGUUUGCUCACCUGCAAUGAGAGUACGGGGGCAUGGACAAGUGGAGAGACGAUAACGCGGAAAGAAAAUGUCACACUGACCACGGCGGCCGCCUUAGCAAGUUUUGUCGUGUGUACCGCGGAAAGUGGCCCCAGCGACAAGUUGUCUGAGUCCGGGCUUCAGCACGAUUUAGUUCUCCUCAAUGGACACACCUCUCAGUUUUUACGGCGGUUUGAGCGGGUCCAUGACGAUUAUACCACCAUCAUUCGCGCCGCGGAGGAUGGUGAUCGCAUCCUCUUCACAGGCUCACGUGACUCCGUUGUGAAAGUGUGGGACAUUCGUAGCGGCAACAAUCGCGCCGGUUUAACAACGGCCGCCACGAUGAGCGCUUUGGCGACGCCGUUACAUCGUCUGAAAGGCAACCACACAGACACCAUCACGGCAAUCCUGCCCCACCGUAAGGCCCUGUUGACAGCAUCCCUAGACGGUUCAUUCCUAGUGUGGGAUGCACGCCGCAUGACCGCACCGAUGCAUGAGGUGCGCCUGAAGGACCCAAUACUUGAUCUCGCACUUGCAGAUAGCGGAUAUGUUGUCAUAUCCACCGCGCGGGGGCUUAAGCUUUUCUCACUUGAGAGUCUUAAGGCACAUGAUAUCAUCCCUAACGUCGCUUUUACGCAACUUAAAGCAAAUAAUGACGGUAGUAUCAUUUUUGCUGCAGGCAAUAGCGGGGUCAGCAUAUAUGCGUUGCACCGAUAA